GCUGCGGCCCAUUUGACUUUGAGGGGGAAGCUAAACUACCAGCAGAGCCAUGGAGAAGGGCAAGGCCGCGAUGGAGAACAUGAAGAACAUGAAGAUGCCGCCUGGCAGCAAGGGACCGGCGGCCGCUCUGGCCAAGGUCGCUGUCUUCACGGGCGCGGCCAUCUACGGCGCCUACAUGUCGAUUUACAACGUGCCGCCUGGACACCGUGCCGUGGUCUACAGCCGUAUCGACGGUGUCGGUUCCCAGGUGAUUGAACAGGGCACGCACUUCCUCGUCCCGUGGCUGCAGCGCCCGCUUAUCAUGGAUGUGCGCACGCGUCCGCGCACCUACGCGUCGCUCACGGGCACCAAGGAUCUGCAGAUGAUCAACAUCUCGAUCCGUGUGCUGUCCAAGCCCGACCGCGCACGUCUGCAGUGGCUCUACCAGAACCUGGGCACAGACUUUGACGACAAGGUGCUGCCUUCGAUUGUCAACGAGGUGGCCAAGCAGGUGGUGGCCCAGUUCACGGCCGCCGAGCUAAUCUUCCAGCGUGACCACGUCUCGCGUCUCAUUAUCGAGAACCUGAAGCGUCGCGCGGACCGCUUCGCCAUUAUGCUGGAGGAUGUGUCUAUCAUCCACUUGACGUUCGGUGCCGAGUACACGGCCGCUAUCGAGGCCAAGCAGGUGGCGCAGCAGGACGCCGAGCGUGCCCGUUUCGUCGUGGAGCGCGCAAUUCAGGAGAAGAAGAGCACGGUUAUCCGCGCUCUGGGUGUGUCCAAGUCGGCCGAGCUGGUGGGUGAGGCCAUUAAGAACAACCCGGCCUUCGUGCAGCUGCGUCGUCUGGACGCCGCUAAGGAGAUCGCCACGGUCAUCUCGCGCUCGGCCAACAAGGUUUACCUCAACUCGGACUCACUGCUGCUCAACAUCCUGCACGACACGGACCAGUCCUCGUUCGGCAAAAAGAAGUAAGCUGGAGAGUUAGAGCGGCGCUUGGGCUCUCAGUAGGAUACGGUCGGUUAUUCCCUCGAUACGAAGACAGGUUUUUAAAGUCUGAUGAACGAAGGAUGCAGUCACCACAAGCUGUGGCACAUUCCAUUGGUCGUGGUCGUCUGAUAGCACCAGUACGUCGCGUUGCUAACCAGGUGCCACCUAUAAGCACUUUAGCCUGGUGGGGAUCGAAACUUUGGUUUACCGAUACGUCGACUGAGAUCGGAGCGUGCGCGUCAAAACUGGUGUAAAACGUGAUCUCGUAUGUCGCCCGUUGAGUUUACAGUUCAGGUUCAGCUGCGACUUGAAGGGCUGCAUGCAAAACUUGUCCGGGAUCCCUCUUUGAACAUUCCGUCUCCGCCAAACACCCUUGCACACACCUGAGAGGUACGUGUAGCUCAUCGUAGAGGCCCUUGUCGUGGUCCUGGUCCUCAGCUUGUGUGAUCUUCUC